AUGCGUAAAAGUGGAACAAAACGAAAACGGGAAGAGGAUGAAAUACCAUCAUUAAAUGAAGAAGAAGAUAGUCGCAGUGGAUUAACAAUGAUUCCUGUUCCAAAGGGAAGAGAAAAAGAUCCUGAAUUUUCUGCUCCCAAGAGCCAAAAGCUAUCUGACUUGGAUGAAGAGACAGCUAACAGAGAAGGAAGAGAAGGAGAGGUGAUUAAGUUAGUUGUUUGCAUUUUUUUAUUUCAGGAUUCCUAUAUAGAACAAACGCAUUAUAUAAUUAUCCCCUCAUAUGCCUCAUGGUUCGACUAUAAUUCUAUACAUCAUAUUGAACAACGUUCGCUUCCUGAAUUUUUCAAUGGUCGCAAUAAAAGUAAAACGCCAAGCGUAUAUAUGGCUUAUCGGAACUUCAUGAUUGAUUCUUAUCGAAUAACUCCAUUCGAAUAUCUUUCUGCCACUGCAUGCCGACGUAACUUAGGAGGAGAUGUUUGUGCAAUAAUGCGAGUACAUUCAUUUCUUGAACAGUGGGGGCUUAUCAAUUACCAAGUAGAUUCGGAUGCGCGACCAGCUCCUGUUGCUGCCCCAUGUACUUCACAUUUUAUGGUUCUUGCUGAUACUCCAAUGGGUUUGCAACCACUUCAGCCAUUGCUUCCACCUCCAACACAGAUUGAAGAAAAGAAGGAGAAAGAAGAGGAUAUGGCCAAAGAUGAUUGUUCGGCAGCAGCAAAAUUUGAACGAUUUGGUAAUGUGGGAUUAAAAACAGAUCAAUAUGCUAAACAUUUAAAUGUGAUGAAGGCGCGAGGCGCUGCUCCAAAUCGGGAUUGGACAGAUCAAGAAACGCUUCUUUUGCUUGAAGGUCUAGAAAUGUUUAAGGAUGAUUGGAACAAAGUUUCAGAUCAUGUGGGGACGCGAACGCAAGAUGAAUGUAUUAUGAAGUUUCUGCAACUACCUAUUAUGGAUCCUUACUUAGAAGAAGGUGGACCAGAAGCCGAAAUACUUGGUCCUUUAGCUUAUCAGCCAAUACCAUUUAGUCAGAGUGGCAAUCCGAUUAUGUCUACUGUCGCAUUUCUCGCUUCUGUCGUUGAUCCAAGAGUUGCAGCUAGUGCAGCCAAAGCUGCUAUUGAAGAAUUCUCAAAAAUGAAGGAUGAGGUGCCACCAUUGGUGGUUGAAGCGCAUAUACGUAAUGUUGAGGCAAUAUCCAAAGACCGUAUCGAGGCUGAUGCAGGUUUGAGUACCUCUGGAAUCGCUUUAGAUGAAAAAGAUAAAUUGAAAGGCACUGAUACGACUUAUCGUGAUGAACGUUUUUGUGCAGCAGAGAACGAUGAAACUAUAAGAACGGCUGUUGACGACGAAAAGAAUGGAAAGGAAAUCUUAAAAUCGUCUACUGCUGAAACGAUUCAAACAGCAGCUGCUGCUGCCCUUGGUGCAGCGGCUGUUAAAGCUAAACACUUGGCAUCGAUUGAAGAAAGGCGAAUAAAAUCCUUGGUAGCACAGUUAGUUGAAACUCAGAUGAAAAAGCUUGAAAUGAAAUUGAGGCACUUUGAAGAACUUGAGGCAAUCAUGGAUAAGGAGCGAGAAGCCCUUGAGUAUCAGCGUGAGCAAGUGAUAUUGGAAAGACAAGCUUUUCAUAUGGAACAGCUUCGCUAUCUUGAAUCAAGAGUUAGGCACGAAGCCAAUUUAAGACUCGUAUCGUCUGGUCAACUCCCUGCGACACUUCCUCCAGGGUUCGAAAUAGCCACAGCUCCUCCACCUCAGCAGCAAGUUCAGGUUGCAAUACCUCCAGCUUCAAAUGUAACUGCAGCAACAAACAACCAAGCCAAUGUAGCUCCUGGUUUGCAAGAAAUUGAACAAAAAGAAACGCGAGAACAGCCGCAAACCGUCCCAGCUGCUACAUCUUUGCCUCAGCCAUCUGCGCCACUACCACAGCAGCAGCUUCAAGCUCCACCCCAAACUAUUGCUUCACAACAGCAGCCUCUUAUAGUGCCGGCCCAUCCACCCCAGGUGACGCAGGUACCGCAACAGUAUCAGCCAGCACCGCAGCCACCUCCUCAGCCUCAACCACAGCAACCACAACAACCUUAUCCGCCUCAAACAGCCUAUGCUCCUCAACAACAAUAUCCGCAGUAUCCACAGAAUACACCUCCGCAACAAUAUUCGCAAGGCUAUCAAGCGGCGCACCCCCAAAGUCAUUCGGGACAGCCUCCUAAUUGUGCUGCAUACUCACAACAGGAUCCUCAAGGUUAUCAAGCUGGUCAUCCUCAAGGAUAUUAUGGUCAACCUCCUAAUCGUCCACCUUAUCCACAGCAUCAACCUGUCCGAGCAAAUUUUGCACCAGCUGGAAGCGCUCCUCCAAAUCCUAACUAUAGUUAUUCUCAGCCAUAUCCUCCUCAAGGAAAUCAGUAUGCUGUACCUCCCACUGGAUAUGGUCAUAGUCAGCCUCAGCAAGUUCCUCCGACAUCUAUGCAGCAACAAAUGGACUCCUCGGAUGCUGCGACACCUCCAAUGCAUCAAGGAACUCCAUCUGGCCCAUAG